AUGAAGAUGUCAUUUAAGCGUACGUGGAUAAUUUUUAGUUGUAUUUUUAUUUUUAAGUCAAUUGUUUGUGAAGAUGUGGAAGUUAUUAAGGCAAUUGCAGCUGAAGAACAAAAUCAUGAUGAAAAUGAAUCAGAUCAAGUUGCCUUAGAAUCUAAUGAUCAAGACACACAUAAAGUAUUAACUUAUCCACAUGGACCGGGUCCUGCAAGAGGUAAAAUAAUUUACUUUCGUAAUCGUAUCAUUUACAGUUAUAAUACUUUUUCUUCUUCAGUUGUUAAUCAUGGACAAAAUGUUCAACUUUUAGGGCAACCAUUUGGACCACCGCCACCUUCUCCAGCUCAUAUGGCGUAUCAUGGACCACCGCCUCCUCCACCAAUGCAUUUGCAAAAACCACAUCCGUCACAUGGAGGACCACAACAUCAUCAAGGACCACCACCUCAUCAGCCAGUACAUCAACCACCGCCACCACCAAAACUUCCAGAUCUUAGCACAGCAGCUGCAUCAACAAAUGAAAUUUGGGCAUCACCAAUGCAAGACAUGCCAAAAAUUGUUUCACUUGACGUUAAAUGUGAAAAAAAUGGAAUGAAAGUAUUUUUACAGUUUGAUAAACCUUUCUAUGGCAUAGUAUUCUCUAAAGGACAUUAUAGUAAUCCAAAUUGUGUUCACUUACCAGCUGGUGUUGGUCGAAAUUCCGCUACUUUUGAUAUUGGAUUGCAUGCAUGCGGCACAUCAGGCAAUACAGAAAAUGGCCUAUAUGGCUAUGGCUCUGAGUCUGGUUCUGGAACAUAUUUUGAAAACAUUAUUGUUAUACAAUAUGAUCCACAAGUGCAAGAAGUAUGGGAUCAAGCAAGAAAGCUCAGAUGUACUUGGCACGAUCAAUAUGAAAAAAGUGUGACAUUUAGACCAUUCCCUGUAGAUAUGUUGGAUGUGGUAAGAGCUGAUUUCGCUGGUGAUAAUGUCGGUUGUUGGAUGCAAAUUCAAGUUGGCAAAGGUCCAUGGGCUUCUGAAGUAUCUGGUUUGGUUAAAAUCGGUCAAACUAUGACUAUGGUAUUAGCAAUUAAAGAUGACGAUUCUAAAUUUGAUAUGUUAGUAAGAAAUUGUGUGGCACAUGAUGGUAAACGAGCACCAAUUCAAUUAGUUGAUCAGAGAGGCUGCGUUACAAGGCCAAAAAUAAUGUCAAGAUUUACAAAAAUAAAGAAUUUCGGUGCCAGUGCAUCAGUUCUUUCCUAUGCACAUUUCCAAGCAUUUAAAUUUCCCGAUUCUAUGGAAGUUCACUUCCAAUGCACAAUUCAAAUAUGCCGUUACCAAUGUCCAGAACAGUGCUCUGAUCCAAAUCUUCAAGAUGUUCAUCAUUUACAAGCUGGCCCUGAAUCACAAUAUAUCCCAUCAUCACCAAUGGAAUCAUAUUUGCAUACAUUAAAUAAACGUCGUAACGAUGAUUCAAGACGUGAUGAACGACGGGGUAGACGUACAAGAGCUUUAGAGAAACCUGAAAAAGAUGUUGGCAUAAAUCGAUCUAUUCGUGUCGUAUCAUCUGGUGAUUUAACGUUUGCAAUUGAUGAAAAACCAAAUGCUACAAUAGCACAACCUCAAACAAUGGUCUUUACUGGAAAAGAAGAGGGUUUAGUUUGUAUGACAACACCUGGAUUUGCCUUACUUAUAAUAAUAUUGUUAGCAAUCCUUUUAGUUUCUUGUAUAGUUUCUGUGUUCCUAACAUUGAGGUUAAAACCAUUUUCUAAACUUAAAAAAGAAAGAGCUGUUGCUUAUACAAAUCCACAUAUAAUAGCAACAUUACCACGUGUAUUGACCACAAAUAUGGUUGGUACAAUGACAAGGCCAGUCAAUUCGAUGAAUGGAAUGAAUACAGUGCCAAAAAGUAAAAGAAUUCGUUCGUGA